GGCAGGCGGCAGACGCGGGAUUACAAAGGAGGACAAUGGAGGAUUAGAGGGAAGGAAGGAAGGAAGGAAAGCGCUCAAUGACAGCAAAAAAGAGAAAGAAGCAUCCAAACAUGCUGGAUGGGUUGCCAGGUGAAGUUUGGGGGCAGAAGGGAUUGAAAACCCCCAACAUCAACUCAUAAGCGCCGCUGGCAUAGUAUCUGCUGCCUGGUGUACGCCUGAUUGGUGGCAGCCAUCCUCCCACUCCGGCCACCGAUGAAGGAUUACUGUUGCCAUGGGAACAAGUACAGCAUUGUAUCAAACAACUUACCAGCGGAGGGGAACCUGAAGAUCUCCAGCUUGGAUCUCCAUAACGGCCAUUCUUCCUCCUCGGUCCCCUUACACUGUGACACAGAAGAAGAAGAAGCUGACAAGAGGAGAAGGAGGCGGUGAGGAGCCUCCACUGCAGUGCCAGGCUCAAGGGGACAAGGCGGCAUGAACAACUACAACGGGAGGGUUCUGACCAGGGGCUCCAGCCAGGUACGGAGCCGCUUUGUGAAGAAAAACGGACAAUGCAAUGUUGUCUUCACCAACAUGGAGGAGAAGAGGCAGCGCUACCUAGCAGACAUUUUCACCACCUGCGUGGACACCCACUGGCGAUACCUGCUCUUUAUAUUCUGCGUCAGCUUCAUCAUCUCCUGGCUUUUCUUUGGCAUCAUCUUUUACAGCGUCUGCCUCUCGCAUGGGGACUUUGAGGAGCGCCGCACGGCGAAGAACGAAGGGCCAGCAACAGGGGGGCUGAAUGCGCCCUUCUCUGGACAAACCACUGGCGGGCCGGCCAAAAGGAUCCCUUGCAUCCUCCACGUCCAGGGCUUCGUCGGUGCCCUCUUGUUCUCCAUGGAGACGCAGACCACCAUCGGCUACGGCUGGCGCUGCGUCACCGAGGAGUGUCCAGUGGCGGUCAUAACCGUGAUUAUUCAAUCCAUCGUAGGCUGCAUCAUCGACUCUUUCAUGAUUGGCACCAUCAUGGCCAAGAUGGCACGGCCAAAGAAGAGGAACCAGACGCUCAUUUUCUCCAAAAACGCCGUGGUCGCCCUCCGCGAUGGCAAGCUGUGCCUGAUGUGGAGGGUGGGGAACCUGCGUAGGAGCCACAUCGUGGAGGCUCACGUGCGAGCGCAGCUCAUCCGGUCCUACGUGACGGUGGAAGGGGAGUUCAUCCCCUUGGAGCAGAUGGACCUCAACGUGGGCUACGACGAGGGUACAGACAGGUUGUUUCUGGUGUCCCCGCUGGUUAUCGUCCACCAGAUAGACAAAGACAGCCCCUUGUACGCGAUAAGCCAAGCUGAUCUGGAGACGGACGCAUUCGAGAUUGUCGUGAUCCUAGAAGGAAUGGUGGAGGCCACGGCCAUGACCACCCAAUUCCGUAGCUCCUACCUUUCCAGGGAAAUCUUCUGGGGCCACAGGUUCGAACCGGUCAUCUACGAGGACCGCAACUGCUACAAGGUGGACUACGCCCGCUUCCACAAGACCUACGAGGUGCCGUCAACGCCCCACCUCAGCGCCAAAGAGCUCGACGAGGCUGUGGGUCGCGCUUCCUCUUCUGUGGUUUCUCCCGCCUCUGCCUGCAUGUCCUCAAAGGACUUGGUCCCUCGCUCCGUUAGCACCUUCUGCUACGAGAACGAGGUCGCGCUGAGCUGCGGGGAGGACGAGGAAGACAUCUUCAGGAAGGACAGAGCAGAGGAGAGGAGGACUUCGGUGUCUAUAGACUUCCAAAAUAUGUUCAAAGACACCUCCACCGUUACCUCUGGGAGUCAUAAUGUCCUGUGUGUUCUGGACAUGGACAAUAACCAGAUGGAGUUCGACAUCCUGCAGACUUCAAUUCCUCUCGAUCCAGUGACCUAUAAGAACGAGCCCGAGAUGUAAGGAAGUUCAAUGAACUUUUUCAGUGCUGUGCGCAGGUUUGGAUUCCAUAUAGUGACAUCCUCUUUUUA